UUCUCCCUCCGCAUUGAUAGAGUCCUUCGCGUCCUUUAAAGCAUUUAUUUUGAAAUGCAUUCAUCGCACGGCGGAACUGAUAGGCCCCGCCCCUUCAUUCGCCCAGCUAGCUGACGGGUCCCACUCAACACCGUUUUGCCACUAAAUUAAUCCUUAAAAAUAUCUCAACAAGAAGGACAUUAUGUCCGCAAACAACAUGUCAGGCCCACAAAGGGUAAACAAAAUUAUCCGAUACAAGCCCCCCAGCACGGAAGCAAACCCCACCCUGGAAGACCCGACUCCAGACUACAUGAACCUACUCGGCAUGAUCUUCAGCAUGUGUGGCCUGAUGCUGAAGUUAAAGUGGUGUGCGUGGAUAGCAGUGUACUGCUCCUUCAUCAGCUUCGCUAACUCACGCAGCUCCGAAGACACCAAACAGAUGAUGAGCAGCUUUAUGCUGUCCAUCUCAGCCGUGGUGAUGUCAUACCUCCAGAACCCCCAGCCCAUGUCGCCACCGUGGUAACCAAGGACCAAUGGCGGGGGGGCCUUGCAGGAGAGGGGCGGUUCCAGACUGAGAGUGGGAGACGGACUCCUGACUCGCCCACUGACCAUCUGGGAGAGAGAGAGAGAGGGAUGGAUGGAUGGAGACAGAGAGGGAGGAGGGAUAAAGAUGGAUGGAUGUAGUCAGAGAGGGAGGAGAGAUAAAGAUGGAUGUAUUGAGAGGAAACACAACGCUGGACAUGAGGCAAGAACAAGAAGACCAGGUGGUCCUGGUUAUUCUCCAAAAUCUCUCUCUUCCUGGAGAUAUUGCAGGUUUUCUAUUGAAUUGUCUGAUUCACCCGCUCGCUGUAAGCUGAGGUCUAGUUGGAAAUAAAGAUGGAAGGUUUUAUAAAGUCA